GUGCCAAAGUGGUGUGGGCCAAAAGUGGACUCACCAGCGAUGCUUUGUGGGUAAAGUGCGUCCCGGUAUCCGCCCAUAUUCGCCGAAAGGAGGCCAACCUGAGCAGCUAGGCCGGCCGACGCUGGAACAAAUGGAAAGUUCAAUCGAUUAAUUUGCUCACUUGUUUUUGCCUGGCACCAACUGGACAGGUUUAAUGCGGGCCUUUCGUCGUGAAGUGAACCAGGCAAUGCGGACAGCAUCGUGCGAAACGAGAGGACGAUCAGCUUGACUCAUUUAGUCGCCACUUCAGACGCGGAACUCCAUUCGUUUAAAGGUGAAUUAUGACAGAAUAUAAGCUGGUUGUGGUGGGAGCUGGUGGCGUUGGCAAGAGCGCACUUACCAUUCAGCUCAUCCAGAAUCACUUUGUGGAUGAAUAUGACCCCACCAUUGAGGACUCGUACAGAAAGCAAGUGGUGAUUGACGGAGAGACGUGUCUGCUGGACAUCCUGGACACUGCAGGUCAGGAGGAGUACAGCGCCAUGAGAGAUCAGUAUAUGAGGACAGGGGAGGGCUUCCUCUGUGUCUUUGCCAUCAACAACACCAAGUCCUUUGAGGACAUUCACCACUACAGAGAACAGAUAAAGCGAGUUAAGGACUCUGAGGAUGUCCCCAUGGUGCUGGUGGGCAACAAGUGUGACCUCCCGUCCCGGACUGUGGACACCAAGCAGGCUCAGGACUUAGCACGGAGCUACGGCAUUCCCUUCAUUGAGACCUCAGCCAAAACCAGACAGGGAGUCGACGAUGCCUUUUACACGUUAGUACGAGAAAUCCGCAAGCAUAAGGAGAAGAUGAGCAAGGAGGGCAAAAAGAAGAAAAAGAAGUCCAAGACAAAGUGCACACUCAUGUGAAUAAUCAGUCCUUUUCCAGACAGACUAAAAAAUAAACUAUGUUGAACAGAAAAAGUAAUACAUUUUGUACAUCACACUAAAUUAUUAGCCUCUUUCUCAAUACCCACUGUAACCAAUACUAAAGCUGACCCACUUAUCCUGCCUUCCUAUUCUUUGCUACUUGGACACCAAUGAGCUUUAUUUCCUGUUAAGUGCCAGUUGCUCACAUGCAUUGGUUUGAUUUUAUUCGGUGAUUUACUUUUCUUUCUCCCCCCCCCCCCCAAGCUGUUGGUAAACUGCAUCACAGCACAUGCCUGUCAACCUUUUCUGUGAUUACGUAGUCCUUUGGCAUGCCAAAGAACAACUAUUUAUCCCUCAAAUGUGCUAAUGUCACUGAUACAGUAUGAAAUCCUUUACUCGUCUUCAAAUGCUCUAACAACUUUAAAUAGUUUUGUUUUUCUCGUGGGAAGUUACCUCUCCGCCUACUUUAUUUUUAUUUUUUUGCAUGCAUGCGGUUUGUCUUGGAUGACAUGCAUAUAGCAAACUGUCUCUGGUUGAUGGGGUGGGCAGCAAUAAAUGCAGACCCAAGUCAAUAUGUGUCCAGUUGAUCAAGUCUUCAGUAAUGUUUGCAUUGUUUGUACAUGACUAAUUAUACAAUCCUCUAGAAAUGUGCUUUAUUUGCUUGAUUUCACACGUCCACAAAGGUAACACCUUAUUUCAAAUGUGCUGUUUUUGUUUAUACUUCAAAGGUCUUCAUUGUAGGCUUCGUUCUUUUCUUAACCUGUUAACCUUUUGUGACAAGCAGUCAAAGGCAGAGAUUAGCAAUGUGUAGGACCACAUUUUUAAACAUGGGACUCUCAUUGUUUUUAGGUAAAAUGAGUUCUGCGUUCACCAGUGUACCCUCUUUCCAGACCGAAAGCAAAUUAGUGACAUUAAGCUACCAUGCAGCAAUCUGGCUGCGGCGGGCAGUAUGAUGUACCUUUCUUAUGUGCUACUUGUUCAAGGGGUCUCCAAAUUAAUUUGUUUGAAAAUUUGCUUUUUUUUUUUUAUUUUUUUAUUUUUUUUUAUAUAUUAUAUAAAAGAUUCAAUCCCCUGAAGUGUUAGAAUGAUUUCAGACUGCCUUUUGAGAGAAAUCCAGCAGACUUAAUCGUUCACUCUGACAAAGUUGUGUAUUGUCUUGGUGUAAUUGAUGCUUGUAAAUGAGGCACAAAUUGCCAUAAAAGUCCCCCCCAUCAGGAUCUCCCGGGCAGUGUUUGCAAAAAAUAAAACAAAAAAGUCCAAGCUUCUCUUGUGGGUCAGCUUAUAUUUUGUCUCUUACAUGCCCCUCCGCCCCCCCUGGUUUUAAGCUGAUUCCAGCAAGGAGUUAAAUCUGCCUUCCAUAUUUGCACAAGAUGCUCUGUAGAUGGUAGGGAGAGCUGAGACAUGUUUGGAGUUUCUGCAUACAGUAUGCUCAGAACAUGCACAGGAGGCUGGUUGAACAUAAAAAAAAAAAUAACGAACCCUUUCAGAAUUGAUUUAUGUUUCUUCACAGCAAGCAGUUUCAAUGACGGCACCCUCUUUAAAGGACUUUCUUAAUCAGUGUUUUGCUGGUUAAAGUUAGUGGCCCAUAAUGUUUGCCAACAUGGCACAUGCCUCAAAAGGGUGUCACUGCACCAUUUAAGAGUGCUGACCACUUGGGGUCAGCCUAGACAUUUUGAAAGGUAUUAAAGGUUGUCUUUUACCAAGCCUGUUUUUUUUAUUUUGGUCCCUGAUUGCGUGCCAUCAGCUGAUUUCGCACAUGAAUCACUUAAACCUUGAUAGUAUGUUAACAUUUGUAUAGCUGUGAUAAUGAAAGGUGCAUAUUUUGUAAAUUGAUGUGUGUCUCGCAGAAUGUUGCUUUAAUGGAGUUUCUCCGCGCUUAGUGUGGGACUAGUGUGUCUGUGUCCAGGGUUAGGGAAGAGAAUGAAUGGCCACUUUGCAACAUGUUGAGUGGUGGUCUGAUCUCAAAUGCGUCUUAUUUUUUUUUUUGCCAUGAAUCUCACCACUCCUAU